AUGCCUCGAUCCCCAAGCGACUAUGUGUUCUUCUGGAAGAUCGAUCAAGAACACGGCUGGGCUUCUCAAUGGUACAGGAGCAAAUUCAAAGGUCCCUCUACAUUCGAAGGCCUCCAAACAUUCGUCGCAACCGAAAAGCAAAAGCUAACUGGUAGCACAACCGUUCCAUCCGAACCAUCCACAUCAAUCACAUCCGAACCUCAAACUGAACAAGAAGAUUGGAUCCCAUUUAUGACCGCAGAACAUUUCAUGAUGUUCCAUAAAGCAAUGCUCUUUGCACACACCCACUCUACCGACCACAAGAUAAAAUCGACCAACGAAGCCGUCGCUCACCGUCUCCUCACCACCACCAACCCAAAAAUAGUUAAAGAUAUGGGUAGACAAGUCAAGGGGUUCUCGGAUGGUGUGUGGCAUAGACACCGUGAUGAUAUCGUGCUCGCGGGUAAUAUCCUCAAGUUUCGACAAAACCCUGGUUUGGGAACCAAGCUGUUGGAGACCGGGCAGAAAAAGAUUGUAGAGGCGAGUCCGAUGGACAAGAUUUGGGGGAUUGGGUUGGAUGCGAAACGCGCUUCCGAGAGUCUAAAGUCGGAUGGAGAGAAACGGUGGGGCUUGAAUUUGCUCGGGUUGGCUUUGGAGCAGACCAGGUCGAUUCUCGUUAUGGAGACGCAAAAAGUCGUUCAAGAGAGCGAGCAAUCCGAGCCUGGUCCGUCUACAGUGCCUCAGGCAGACUAG